CAGUUUCUCACAUCACUGCAGUCACAGCAGCGCGCCCCAGCAUCCCAUUUGGCGCACUUUCAUUCAUCUUUUGGAACUCUACUGUUGCAUAGCCUUUGUGCAAAAUACACCAUGUCGUAGCACUGGACUAACUGGAAUAAGCCGUAUAUGUGUUGUGACUGCGAACAAAGAUGAAUACUACUUUGGAUCCACUUUCAGCAUCUCUUCUUUACAACGAGAAAGAUGGAAACAAAACCUUCAGCAACCUUUUCCCACAACCGGACUGGCAGGUGGCACUAUGGGCAAUUGCAUACACCUUAAUCGUAAUUGUUUCCGUCGUUGGCAAUGUCACAGUUAUCUGGAUCAUUUUGGCACAUAAACGAAUGAGGACAGUGACCAACUUCUUUAUUGUAAACCUCGCUUUCUCGGAUGCGUCAAUGGCAACUUUCAACACCGUCUUCAAUUUCGUGUAUGCUUUGCACAAUGACUGGUAUUUCGGUUUAGGAUACUGUAAAUUUCAAAACUUCUUUCCAAUAACAGCUAUGUUCUCAAGCAUUUAUUCAAUGGCAGCUAUUGCUGUGGACAGAUAUAUGGCUAUAAUCCAUCCCUUGAAACCCAGGCUGUCCUCCACCACUACUAAAGUUCUGAUCGGGCUCAUCUGGGCCGUGGCAUUUGCUCUGGCCUUUCCUCAGUGUUAUUAUGCCAGUACCAAAUUCUUCUUUCCUCGGACUGUCUGUAUGGUGGAAUGGCCUGGAGAUUAUGGAGGGAAGCAUCAGCUCUCGUACCAGAUUGCUGUGAUUAUCCUAAACUACUUACUCCCUCUGCUGGUGAUGCUGGUCACCUACAGCCUGGUGGGCCGGAGGUUGUGGGGUAGUGAGAUCCCUGGAGAAGCAUCAGAUCACUACCAGAAUCAUAUACAGGCAAAACGCAAGGUUGUGAAGAUGAUGAUAGUGGUGGUGAUGACCUUUGCAAUAUGCUGGCUCCCCUACCACAUCUAUUUCAUUCUGGGAAGCUUCAACAAGGACAUAUACAAGCAACAUUACAUCCAGCAGGUCUACCUGACCAUCUUCUGGCUGGCAAUGAGUUCAACUAUGUAUAACCCCAUUAUUUACUGCUGUCUAAACCAAAGAUUUCGCUCAGGUUUCCGCAAAGCAUUCCAGUGCUGUCCAUUUGUGAAUAUAUCCGAGGAGGACAACAUGGAACUACAGCACAUGAAGACCUUACACAUGAGGCGCAGUUUUCGCACAGAGACCGCCAGCGUUGUGGUCCGCAACCAUGCCAGCGACCCAGAAGAUACCACAUCCACACUUAUCAAAGCUUAGUGUAUUAUCGUAAUGGAAAAAAGGACAGAGAGGAAUCAAGCAUGGCCGCACUCAAUACCUCACAGCUGAAUUUGAAUUUCACUCCUAUCAUGUUGCGUGGGGGGUUCUGUGGGCUUUACAGUUGGAGUAUUAAUGUACUCUUAUGGCAUAAGCACCAAGCCUUAUUUGUUUAUGUAUUGAUGAUUAAUGUACUAGUUCUAGUAUACAUACUAUAUAUUCUGUACAUACACUACAGUAUACACUCGCCUAAAGGAUUAUUAGGAACACCCUGUUCAAUUAAUGCAAUUAUCUAAUCAACCAAUCACAUGGCAGUUGCUUUAAUGCAUUUAGAGGUGUAGUCCUGGUCAAGACAAUCUCCAAAACUCCAAACUGAAUGUAAGAAUGGGAAAGAAAGGCGAUUUAAGCAAUAUUGAGCGUGGCAUGGUUGUUGGUACCAGACGGGCCAGUCUGAGUAUUUCACAAUCUGCUCAAUUACUGGGAUUUUCAUACACAACCAUUUCUAGGGUUUACAAAGAAUGGUGUGAAAAGGAAAAAACAUCAGUAUGCGGCAGUCCUGUGGGCGAAAAUGCCUUGUUGACGUUAGAGGUCAGAGGAGAAUGGGCCGACGGAUUCAAGCUGAUAGAAGAGCAACUUUGACUGAAAUAACCACUCGUUACAACUAAGGUAUGCAGCAAAGCAUUUGUGAAGCCACAACACGCACAACCUUGAGGCGGAUGGGCUACAACAGCAGAGGACCCCACCGGGUAGCACUCAUCUCCACUACAAAUAGGAAAAAGAGGCUACAAUUUGCAUGAGCUCACCAAAAUUGGACAGUUGAAGUAAAAAUGUUUCCUGGUCUGAUGAGUCUCGAUUUCUGUUGAGACAUUCAGAUGGUAGAGUCAGAAUUUUGCGUAAACAGAAUGAGAACAUGGAUCCAUCAUGCCUUGUUACCACUGUGCAGGCUGGUGGUGUUGGUGUGGGGGAUGUUUUCUUGGCACACUUUAGGCCCCUUAAUACCAAUUGGGCAUCGUUUAAAUGCCACGGCCUACCUAAGCAUUGUUUCUGACCAUGUCCAUCCCUUUAUGACCACCAUGCACCCAUCCUCUGAUGGCUACUUCCAGCAAGAUAAUGCACCAUGUCACAAAGCUCGAAUCAUUUCAAAUUGGUUUCUUGAACAUGACAAUGAGUUCACUGUACUAAAAUGGCCCCCACAGUCACCAGAUCUCAACCCAAUAGAGCAUCUUUGGGAUGUGGUGGAACGGGAGCUUCGUGCCCUGGAUGUGCAUCCCACAAAUCUCCAUCAACUGCAAGAUGCUAUCUUAUUAAUAUGGGCCAACAUUUCUAAAGAAUGCUUUCAGCACCUUGUUGAAUCAAUGCCACGUAGAAUUAAGACAGUUCUGAAGGCGAAAGGGGGUCAAACACAGUAUUAGUACGGUGUUCCUAAUAAUCCUUUAGGUGACUGUAUAUAGUGCUUUAUCACACUGUAAAAUAGCAACGAAUUUUACAAGUGGCAGUUAAAAAUGGCACACUCAAUAUUAAAUUUGGAUCUGUUACAUUUCUAAAAGUAAGGGUUCUUAACAUCAUCAUUACAGUACGGUAUCAAUAACCAUUUUAUGCUGUAUAUAUAUUAUUCUCCGGAGAGAAAAGAAAUUCUUAAUAUAUUAUUAUGGUUCUCGAAUAUGUGUUUCUUGGUUUACAAAAAAUACAGAGAAUUAGUUCCGAAACAAAAAGAAAGAAAAUGGGAACUUAAAUAGAUCUUAAAUCAGAACAUUUUUGGUUGUAAUUGGAGUCAUUAUUUUAAUAAGCGUAUCCUAAAGCUGGUCACAUGAUUAAUACUACAGAAUAUCCAUCCAAGUGUUUAUACUCUACACUGCAUGUACCAUUAGCUUGUAUAUUGUCAAAAUAGUAAAAAGAUAUAUACCAAAAUUAUUGAUAGUGAUCAGUAACAUUAUUUAACUAUACUUGAAACUAAACAGACAUUUCAGUGUUAUAAUUGUAUUGUACGUAAACAAGGAAGCUCAAAUUCAAUGGUUCUUAAUGUUUACAUGUAUUAUGUAUAAAUCUGCAUGUAUGUCCAAACACUUGUUCUGAUGUCAAUUUAAAUGUUACCUUGUUCUUUGGUGUAAAGAAAAUAAAGUGUCAUUGGAUUGAUAUCAGAGUUUAUUCAGCUGGGUUUUACUGUCUGUUGUGGAUUUUAUGGUUAAAUUUAAUUUGGCAUGUUACCUAAAAAUGUAAAACUAGUACCAGUGUGUAAUUGCAGAAAAGUAGAAUAAUAACCACCCUUUUCCCCUAAAACUU